AUGCGUGCGUUCUGCCAGGGAUCAGGUGGAAAAGUGUCUUCCACCAAACAAAAGUGGAUUCCAAAAGGCUCUGAGAAACAGGCCGGCAAAAAGGGAAAAGAAAACGAGGAAGGCGCAGCGCAAGCAGGACCGAAAUACGACCGCAAUCAGCUUCUGAGGACAUAUGGUACAUGCAAAGAUGGUGGAGCGUUGUUGGUCUUGCAAGAAGCCAACUCCAUGGAUGAGGCACCCAAAGAGCUUCGUUACCGCACGGAGGCGCGGCCAGAAGAUGAAAACACCAGCAGAAAGGGAUCAAAGGAGCAAAAGGUUGAGGGCACUGAAGAGAGGCGUCCAUCCACUCAGCUGCUAGUGCAGGAACUUGUGACAGAGGGUGCAGCAGCAUCUGCUCCAGCUGACCCUGCAAUGAUCACGUACUUGCAAAGCAUGGUGUCUGCUGUGUCUGCCUUCGGCAUGCCUGGUAUGUACGGAGCAAUGGGCUAUCCAGGCUACACCACUGUCAUGCUGAGGAACAUUCCCAAUCGCUAUACGCGGGAAAUGCUGAUCAAUCGGCUUGACAAAGGGUAUGAGGGCCUGUAUGACUUCGUGUACCUUCCGAUUGACUUCAGCAGCAGGUGUAAUGUGGGCUAUGCAUUCAUCAACUUUCGAACACCAGCAGGGGCACAACGGUUCAUGCAAGAAUUUCAUGGGGCCAAGACCAAGCAGUGCCUGCCUGGUUUUGGCAGUGCGAAGGUUGCCGAGGUCUCUUUUGCACGAGUGCAGGGCCGGGAACAGAACAUGGAGAACCUUCGGGAUGAGAAGUUCAUUGAAAAGCUGUUGGACAGGCCUGAUUGGCAACCUCUGUUCCUGGACGAUGCGGGCAAGGAAAUUCCAUUUUCCAAGGCAUUUGCAGGUGUAUCUGGGGAAAAAAGACGCAACAGCAAAAAGACGGCAACUCCGCCAUACAUUCCUCCAAGCACACCAACAGGCUUCAUGAAGCCGCCACCAUACUUUCCGGCUCCGACCUCCUUCCCAUCAGUUGCAACUCCUGCUCCGCCUUCAAUGCUUGCUUCCCUGCUGCCAAGUGCCAGCAAGGAAACCUUGCUCAUGUUGCGGGGUGUCCCUCUGAAGUACACCCGUGAGCAGUUUUUGGAUUUGCUGAAGAGAAAAUAUGGUUCGGACUUCGACUUUGUGUUCCUGCCUGAGAAGCCCGACGCACAAAGUGAAGGACCAUGCAACCGCGGCUUUGCCUUUGUGAAUUUCAAGUCUGUGGAGACAGCAAAGAAAUUCUCAGAGGAUUUCGCGAACAAGCAGGUGGUGGAUUGCUUUCCAGAAGCUGAAGGUGAGAAAGCUUGUGAAAUUUCCCCAGCUCGAAUGGAAAGCCUGGAGAAAAGCAUCGAACGUUGCCAGCUGUUGGCCGCGGAAAAGAAAGACGAGAAAGACGACUGUGCAUGGCUUCCAAUCCUCAUCGGGGAUGAUGGCGAGGUGCAGAAGUUUCCGAUGAUUGCAACAGCAGACAAGAAGGAGAAGGCGACAGAUGAUGCGAAUGAAGCAAGUGCUGGUGACAAGGCAGAAGCUGAGCCGAAAUCGAAGGCCAAGGCAAACCGGAAGGGAAGCAAAGAUGGUACUCCAUCUGGGGCUCCGCUCGGCUAUCCAUACCCAUUUGGUGUCGGAUACCCUGGAUACUAUGGAUAUCAAGGCUAUCCAGCUUAUCCAGGCUACAACCCUUACCAAGUCUACUCUCAGAUGGCUGCUGCCCAGAGCGCUCGGGCGAUCCAGGCAGCACAGCUUCAAGCAAGGGCGAAAGCAGCAGGCCGGAAGGGAGGACAAAAGGGUUUUCACCAGAAUGUGCUGGACCCGUUGGCUGCAGCAGUGAACCUCAAGGGAGAUGAGCAGCUCUCAGAAGAUGGGCGAGAUAGGCUGAGGAGUCAGGUGGAAUUCUACUUCUCCACGAACAACCUGUGCAAGGAUCUCUUCUUGCGGCAGCAUAUGGAGCCUGAAGGAUGGACAUCUCUGGAACUGAUUUCGCAGUUUCCAAUGGUGAGAAGAUUCAAGGUGUCGCUUCCCACUCUGAUCGAGGUUGUAUCGGAAUCCACACUUUUUGAGAUUGACAAGGAUGCCCAGAAGUUGAGGCUGGCAAAUGAGAGUGAAAGGAAGAAGUGGGCGCAGGCACCAGUUCCCCUGGAGUACAAGGUUCCGGCCUAG